AUGUCCGAUCUUUCCUCAGCCACCGAGCACAUCCAACAACACCAAACUGAUUGGGAAGCUCUACUCGCCGAUCUCGGAUGUAGCUUGACGUUUAUCAUUUCGUCAUUGAUGUUUCUGAAUGUUGAAGAAGUUGUCGAAGUGUAUUUGAGAGUUUGGAUUAGUGUAGGAGUAGUGCAGUGUAGUAUUCAUGUGGUUUGCGUUUGUUUAGAGUUAAAGAGAAAGUGGGAUCGUGUUGUCGCCCAGACGGAGAGGGAUGAGAAUUCUGAUUCAUCGAAUGUUGUAAUUAAUCAUGGCCAGGAGGAGCAAACGAGGCUGUGGAUAGUGUUCUUGGUCUUGGUUGUGUUCUUUGUUGUUAUCUGUGCUGCUGUGGUAUCUGUUCGAUUUGCUAUUUGCUUCUUGCUACAACAUGCAAUUCUCUCUGCCAUGGAAGAUCAGAAAGGAAAAGUUGACAGCUUUCUGCGAAGAAUUCCCAGAUACAGGUUUCAGAGGCAUGGUGUUUGUGGUGAAAAACAAAAUGAGGAUCCUCAGGAUGAGGAGAUAGAAGAACCUCUUACGGGAAAAAUGACCGAAUGCAACAUUGAUACACCCAUUGAGCAUGUUCUUCCUCUUGAAGAUGCUGUAAGAUUUCGCUAUUUACUACCCUAG